AUGGCGAAAGGAAAAUCCGUGGCCGAUAAGAGAGCCAUAAUUCUCGGAAUCUUUCACGAGAAGAAAGAGCCAUUCCUCUUGAAAGAAAUCGAGAAGUUAGCGUCAAAGAAAGGCGUGGUUUUGCAGAGUGUUCAGGAGAUUUUGAAAACUUUGACGGACGACGAUUUAGUGAAAACGGAUAAAAUCGGCACCACGAAUUGGUUCUGGUCCUUUCCGAGCGAACACGCGACCAAGUUAGAACAGAAGAAGAAUCAGUGCGACGCGGAAUUGAAAGCGUUGGAAAAACAGCUGAAAAAAAUCGAGGAAGAUAUUGAAAACGAAAAGACGACGAAUAAAGAGAACGACGCAUCGUCGUCGGCUCAGGACAGAAAGAACGCGGAGAUGGCAUUGCAAGCGGCGAAGGAUGAAAACGCAAAGCUUUUGAAAGAGCUCGCGAAGCUUGAAGAGAGCAAUCCAGAGUUGCAAGAACAAGUCGCUAAAGGCGUGGAUGCUAUGCGCGGCGCGGCUGAUCGAUGGACGGAUAACCUCUUCCUCGUGAAAUCAUGGGUGGACAAGAAGAUGGGAGAUAAAGAACAAACCAAAGCUUUCUUUAAACAACAAGGCGUUGAUUUGAACACGUUGGACUACGUUCAAUAA